GGGCGCGUUUCUUUCUUUUUUUUUUUUUUUUUUUUUUUGAAUUUUUUAUAACAGCUGUAUAUUUUAUUUAAAAAGCCGUUGAAUAUCUUCAACUCCAUUGCAAAACAUCAUUUUAGUUUUUCUUCUUUUUAAAACAAAAAAGUAAUCAAUUAAAAACUUACAAUGAUUCCGAACUGCCUGCCCCAAGGAGAGGUGUACCAUGCGUCAGAAGAACUGGGAAAAGAAGCUCAUGUUCCCAGCUUUCAAAAAUACAAAGAACUUUACUUGAAAUCGGUUGACAAUCCUGAAGAGUUCUGGGGUGACAUUGCCAAAGAAUUCUACUGGAAAAGCAAGCAUAGAGGCCAGUUCCUGGAUUAUAACUUCGAUGUGACGAAAGGAAAAAUCUACAUCAAAUGUAUGGAAGGAGCCACGACCAACAUCUGCUACAAUGUCCUGGAUAGGAACGUCAAGGAGAGAAAGCAUGGGGAUAAGAUAGCGUUCUUGUGGGAAGGAAAUGAACCUGGAGAUGAGAUGAAAAUCACCUACCGAGAACUGCUGCUGCAGGUCUGCAAAUUCGCAAAUGUGUUGAGAUCGCAAGGGGUGAAGAAGGGUGACUGCGUCUCUAUCUACAUGCCCAUGAUUGUGGAACUAGUGGUUGCCAUGUUAGCCUGUGCCCGAAUCGGAGCAGUGCACUCCAUUGUGUUUGCAGGAUUUUCUGCAGAAUCUCUAUGUGAACGAAUCACGGAUUCAAACUGUGCUCUGCUCAUCACUGCUGAUGGGUUUUACAGAGGCGAUAAGCUAAUUAACUUAAAGCUGAUAGCUGAUGAAGCACUCCUGAAAUGUAAAGAAAAAAAUCUCCCAGUGAAGAAGUGCAUUGUGAUAAAGCACCUGUGUAAGGAGGAGGUCAGCUGGGACAGGUCCUCAUGCAGCUCGCAGUCACCUCCGACCAAGAGAGUCUGUCACAGCGUGCAGCAGGAGAAACUGGGUGAGAAAGUAAAGAAAGUCUGCCCCAAACCCCAGGUUCCCUGGAACCCGGACGUUGACCUGUGUUGGCACAAGCUGAUGCAAGACGCUUCUGAAGAGUGUGAUCCUGAAUGGUGCGAUUCAGAGGACCCCCUCUUUGUACUGUACACCAGUGGCUCCACUGGUAAGCCGAAGGGUGUACUGCACACAGUGGGAGGAUACCUGCUCUACACCGCGGCCACGUUUAAGUAUGUGUUUGACUAUCAGCCUGAUGAUGUGUACUGGUGCACGGCUGAUAUUGGGUGGAUCACAGGACACUCCUACAUCACGUACGGACCCCUCGCCAACGGAGCUACGAGCGUACUGUUCGAAGGCCUCCCCACCUAUCCAGAUGUGAGUCGACUCUGGGAGAUUGUAGACAAGUACAAAGUCACUAAGUUCUACACCGCACCUACUGCCAUCCGGUUACUCAUGAAGUUUGGAAGUGAACCUGUCCAAAAAUACAGGCGCAAGUCGCUGAAGAUCCUGGGGACGGUUGGGGAACCCAUUAACCCCGAGGCCUGGCUGUGGUACUACAACAUUGUGGGGGAAAAAAGAUGCCCCAUUGUGGACACUUUCUGGCAGACCGAGACUGGAGGCCAUGUGAUGACUCCUCUUCCUGCUGCCACGCCCAUGAAACCAGGGUCAGCGACGUUCCCAUUCUUUGGAGUGGUUCCUGCCAUCCUCAAUGAAUCUGGGGAGGAACUGGAAGGAGAAGCUGAAGGAUAUCUGGUGUUCAAGCAGCCAUGGCCCGGAGUCAUGAGGACAGUCUACGGUAACCACCAGCGGUUUGAGACCACCUACUUCAAGAAAUUCCCAGGGUACUAUGUUACAGGAGAUGGCUGUAAGAGGGAUAAAGAUGGAUACUAUUGGAUUACUGGAAGGAUAGACGACAUGCUGAACGUUUCUGGUCAUUUGCUGAGCACUGCCGAGGUGGAGUCUGCGCUGGUUGAGCACUCGGCGGUGGCAGAGGCAGCUGUCGUCAGCCACCCUCACGACGUCAAGGGGGAGUGUCUUUACUGCUUCGUGACGCUGAAAGACGGGCAAGAGUACACCGAAGCACUGGAGGCAGGGCUCAGAAAACAAGUCCGAGAGAAGAUUGGACCCAUUGCGACCCCCGACUAUAUACAGAACGCACCUGGGUUACCCAAAACACGGUCAGGCAAGAUCAUGAGGAGGGUAUUGCGCAAGAUUGCCCGGAAUGACAAGGACCUGGGCGAUAUCUCCACUCUUGCUGAUCCUACUGUUAUAGAGCAGCUCUUCAACAGCCGCUGCGUGCUGUAAUCACAGCGCCUACUGCUGAUUGUACAGCUACUAUAAUCACAGCGUUACUGCUGUUUGUAAAGCUACAUUAUAGGAGGGAAGGGUUACACAAUAUGUGGAGAAGAUAACCUAAUUUUAAUUUUUAAAAACAAGCUCAUUUUAACUUAAGUCAUUUCUUUUCCUGCUCAUGUUAGACUACAAAGAGGCCUGGGGAAUUCAUUUUUGUGUCUUCUUUUUUCUUUUUUCUGUUAAGCAGUUUGUAAAGAUCCUACAAAGACAGGAUCGGUGCUUCAUUAAAACAUCUUUGUAUUACCAGUUCAACACUAAGAUGCUAUAGGAAUGAAAUGCAUUGUGUUUUGUGCUGCAAGUUAUAACAAUGUUGGGAUAUAUAAGUGUUCCGCAGCAUCUUCCUCAAACCUCUUUACUGGUCUGUGGUACUGAAACAGUUCACUUGCCAAAAAUAGGUGUUCCUCUACUGCCUUGAGCCUGGCGAUCAUGUCAAUGGUUUCUCUGGGUGUGAACCUAAGGGGAUUACUGGAUGGACGUAUUUUUCUAGGAGGCUGAUAUUUCAUCAUGUCCUGAAAUAUACAAUUUGUUUGACCAUUGAAAAUGACCUGUUUAGCAUCCUUCUGUAUUUUCCCAGGCAAAUUUCAAAGGGCACAAAAAUUUUACACAAUGAGACGGAUGUAGAAAUGAGCUACAGAGUGGUUUUGUUCCACUUUUGCAACAUGGACAGCUGUGCGGCUAUUUUUUGUUCUUAAAAUAGGAGUACAUUACAUCCUGGAACAAAAUGAUUAGAGGACAGGCGCUCUGGGGGGGGGGGGGGGGGGGGGGGGGUGGUCAGGGGGUCUGUGUGUUUGUGUGUUUUUAACAGUCCUGACCUUCCCAGCUUAAACUGUCAUUCAAAUUCAGUUCACUAAAAUUCAGCCACUUGAUUGUAUUUGUUCACUAUCAUCUUGGUUAUCUGUCAUCCUUCUUUUACUUAAAAUUAGUAUCUUGUAUCCUACCUAUCGAUUGUGACAAUAAAUGUUUUAGCGAUUUCAAACACACUUAUGGUUAAGGGAAAGGGGGCUUUGGAAAUUGUUUUAUAAAAGCAUUCAGAAAGUAUAAAAUAUGUUCUUUCUUUCUUUCUUCCAGUCCUCCUCCUUUUGAUGCAGGGAGAAAAGAAAGUGCAUUACAUUGAACUCUUGCAGUGUCAUGUAGUUGAAUAGACACAUUAAUCAUACCAUGUAUUAACAGCAGGGUGCAGCAGAAACGAGGUUCCAACAGUGACGAUUCUAGUAGAGCAAUUGAACCAGUCAGGAGUUGGAGAUGUUGAAUUCCGAAGUUUUUUUGUCUUUCAACCCUACCUUAUAAAAAACAGACAAACUAACAUGUAACUGGAUCUGUGUUUAAUUGGAAAUGACUGGACUGGAGCACAGCUAGGAAUCUGCCCUUGGACUAGCACAUUGGAACUGAACACUCCACAGCAAGCAGGUGCAGGUCAGUGGUGCUGAUUGAGCUGAUUCACCAUUCCAGUUGAACUUCACAAACUGGAUUGAACUGCGGCACGAUCGAUUUGUUCUUUUAUAUUUUUCCCCAGUCUUUCACGAAAGUAAGGACCGGUUUAUUCUGUGUAAGUGUACUGGAUUAUGGAACUCUUGGGUUAAAUAGGGUAGAAGGCAAAUUGUAUUUGUGUCUUGGAUGUAUCUAAAAUGUACAACAAGCAUGUACAUUUCACCUUGCUGUAGGAAAGUCGUGUGUUCUGAACCGCUUGCAACUUUUGUGGAAUGUUUGUGUGUGCGUGUAUUUAAGAAAUCACUUUUAAUCAAUACAUUUUUGGUCUGUCAGUACUAUGUGACUGUGUUAAACAAUGGUAAAUGUCAUUUCGGUAAUUGUUCUGUUUGAUCACGCACAGUCCCCUCAUGCAAUAUGAGAAGCCAAUGUAAAAAUGCAAGCUUCAUAAUAAGGAUGGCAACGUUUUUUUCCCUCUAUCAGUUCAAGCAAGUAGUAGUAGUAGUAGUAGAGUCAAAACAACAACCUCGUUUCUAUCCUAAAUUUAAGCAAAGGAGCAUCUUUUUAUGAAUAGUUGAGCUACUGUGGCUUUGUUUAAAAAAAAAAAAAAAAAAAAAAAAAAAAAAAGUGUACUUGUGGUUAUUAUCAGGACUUGAAUAAUGGUUUGAGCUGACUUCAUGUGUAGCAAUUAAUCGCAAAUGUGGUUUUGUGUUGAGCAUUUCUGUGAAUGCUGUGUGUGAUAAACCAGUUUUUCCCCAUUAUUUUGUCUACCACCGUAUUAAAAAGUACAAGCCAUGUAAAAGAGAAAUUGUGCCUGAGGAUAUGGAAAAUCAAACGUUUGUCAUCUUGCUUUUUGUAAAUUUAAAAUAAAUCUUAAUGAAUUG